CGCCCCUCCCAUUCCCGAGUGUUCAGUCCUGGAAGGGAGAAUGAAGGGGAUUCAAGGACACUACAACUCCUUCUACCUCAAUUCAACACUCUUCAGGUGAAGCUACCCUUAGAAGCCACUGGACUCUGUCAAUUGUCUCCAUAAAGAUUACCAGCGAUUACCCACCAGCUUGAAUAGCAUUAGACAUAAGCCUGGCUAUUCCUGCCUGACGAGAAGGGUCUUCUUGCAAUUAUAUGUAAAUUAAGAUAGUGCUAAUUUUAUAUAUGUAUUGAUUUAUCAGACGACCAUCAACCAACUGUAAUGAAACACAAUAGUGCUAUUCUUUGUAAAAGUAUUUGAAUAUUAUUAUUAGUUGUGAAUGAGUUUUGGCUGGUGAUUUCCUUUAUCAUUUAAACCGGAAUAUACAUGUAUAUAUUGUGCACGGAGAUGUGUUACAAUAUAUUACAAUAACAGUAUCAUUUGUGUAGGAUGGGUAUGUCAAAUAAGUUUUCUAUUUUUGUUGCAUCAUAGGUUCUUUUGAAAAAAAAGGGCAUGUCCUUUUCUUUUUGCUUUUCUUUUGUCAGGAUAGGUUUCUGCCGAUCUGGAAAAGCUGUUUUUAGCUACUGACAUAAUAAAUACAACUCAAGUGCUCUAUAGCAUAGGUCGACCAGCCCACAGUCUGUCUACAUUUUCCCCUCUCAGAUCCCUGCAUGGCGCCUUACUCAUCUUCCUCUUUUCUGUACAGCUUGUUCAGUUUCUCUCCGGCUCUCGACAGUGUGCUGCACUGUCCUGUUGUGUCUGAGGAGCUGAUCCAAAGCGUGUUGAUAGGGGACAUUGUGAAUCAGCUGCGGAGGUGAGCAGGGCAGGAGGGAUCGGAUACCUAGAUCUCUAUACACACAUACACAGAAACUCCUCUUUAACAGCAGCGUUAUUACCCUCUCCUGACCUGUGUGGUGUCAUUAAGAGCUCUCUCCUUGCUUAAAUAUUGCCAUGAUCAGGUCUGACAGUUAAUGUGCCCUGCAUGGGUUUGAACUGUGUGAUUGCAUUGACGCCACUAGUGUCCUGUUGUGUUCACAGACGGGUUUCUUCCAGCAGAGAACGUCAUGAAACUACGCUAGCAACUGGGCUGCGACUCCUUCGCCUUUGAGGAGAAAGCUUUCUUAACAGCGUUAGGGGGGCAGCCCAUUGAAAACACUAUGUGUGAAAGCAGGCAGGUCCAUGUGAACCGUGUGCGUGGUUCUGCUGCCUUGCAGACCCAGAGGAGUUCCUCAGUGUCCUGCUGCACCAGGUCCUGUCUGUGGAUCCCCUGCUGAAGAUAAGCCCCCCCGAGAGUGCUUUCUCUGUGGAGCGUUGGCAGAGCUGGAGUGUUACCAGUGUCUGAGAGACCCCAGACUCAUGCCAGGGAUGAUCAAAUAGUAUUGCUGGCCUUGUGACAAACAGGUCCACUCUCACAGGCAGCGGCAGGAUCACCAGCCCCGAGAGAUCUCCCUGCCCUGGGACUUCCCCGCCAGCACCCCCGUGCCCAGGCAGAAGAUGGAGCUCUUUGCUGUGCUGUGUAUUGAGACCAGUCACUACGUCUCCUUCGUCAAAUACGGACCAGGGAGAAACUCCUGGCUCUUUUUCGACAGCAUGGCUGACCAUCGUGGAAAUGAAAACAUCCCUGAGGUUAAGGCUUGUCCACAAGUGGGAGAGUUCCUGUCCCAGUCAGAAGAAGGUCCUGUGAAUGUGGAGCUGGGAUGCACGGAUGUGUUUGUAAAGAGACUGUUGCGCGAUUCCUACAUGUUCAUAUACCAGUGUCCAGCGUUGUGUCUGUACAGAUAGCGUGGCUUCACAGCCUCAGAAGCACUUUAUACACAAUAUACACACCUUGUUUUUUUUCUCAAUGCACUGUUUAGUACUACUUUAAUUCGCAGUGCCGCAUCAAAGUCCCAGCAAUGGCCAGCACAGGUUGAAAGCUUAUCAGAUCUGCUUGGACUCUAGCCUAGCCCUUAGUCCUCAACCUUUGUGGUGGUUAUAUCAAUGUAUUGAGAUCAUUUAAAACAUGCUUAGAGGUUAGGGUAUCCUAACCCUGAGCACAGUUUAAUGGUUGACAAUAAAGUUACUUGAACUUUAUGUGGUGUUAUGGGCUAGGAAUAAAUUUUGACUGGGGGUAAAUCAUGGGAUCAAAUUAGGUACAUCUGUCAUAAAAGUUCCCCAUAGUAAAAGCAUAGCAAGGUGUAAUAAAGCACAGUAAAGCAAAGAAAAGUAUGGUAACUCAUAUUACAAGCCGUGGUCAAUGCAUAUUACAACAAUGAGAAGGCAUAGUUAAAAUGCAAAAAUGCUAUGGUAAACUUUUAUAAGAAAUAAUCUGUACCCGACUUUAUAAAUAUUCUAACAUGCAGAAGAUGUAACUAAGUAGUACGUAUGUCUUACAUGUCUUAAUAUAUAUUUAGGGUUCUGUAUUUGUUUAGUUGAUUUACACCAUCUCAUUCAACUUUGGAGGGUUAUUUUUUUGUUAGUUUUUUUGUAAAUCAAACUCUUUCUGCUGUUUGAGUGGCAACCCUUUACAAGGGUCCAAUUAAAAUGGAAUGACUGUACAGUAAAUGUAGAUCUUAGAAAAAUGUCUUCAAUUCUUGUUCUGCAUCAUCAUGGUAUCGGCUCCAAUUGCCAGCAGUGUUGAGAUAGGGGACUUUUCUGUUACGUUAGGCAAUAAAGCAUCUAUUGUGUGUAAAUGGUGCCCCAUAAGUUGGAUGGUCACACCCUGGUGACUAUCUUCACCACAUGAAAAUGAUCCCUUCCUCUGGUUAAUGACCUUUGAAAUGAAUAGAGAGACAAGCGACAAUUUGAAUUACACCUAGUAUGCCAGGCUUAUGGUAGGUCCCGUAUAAAAAACAAUUUGAACACACAUGUACAUGUUGAUAUAUAUAAAGGUCAUACCUGUAAAGAUUUGAUACAAACAAUAACCACGUUACACAAGCCACAAUAUGGCCUCACCCAUUCAUGACACUGUGCUGUGUGCCCGUAUGGGUAAACAAGCAAACUAUACAAAGCCUGUUUAUAAAUGGAUAGCCCAUGGCAGAAUAUAGAUUGCCUUCCUGGUCUUCUAAACAUCUGAUAUGACCCUUUCUUUUUGGAUGCAAAAAAAAGCAAACACGCAUGCAAUGACUACAGUCAGAUAACAUGGGAUGCCAAAUAUUGAGGCCAAAAGGUAUUCACCUUUAACUGGAUUACUGUACAAUGGGAUGGAGAUAAAACAGGGUAUUUCUUCACGUGUGCACUGACUGGUCCUUUUCUUUGCCCUAAUUUCACUAAUUCAAUACAGUCAGCUGUAGAUAGUCGUCGAUGUGUGGCAAUCAGACUCUGCUACAAUGAGUUCAUUGUGAGUUUAACAAGGUGCACUUGAAUUUCAGCUCAAUUGACAAGCACCUGAACGGUUACGCAAGGCAACAGGAUUAAAAUAAAUGCUCAUUAACAAUAAACACGUUCUAGAGUACAACAGCAACUCUACAAAUGUUGGACGUCAAUAAGGAAAUCUUGAUCAGCUAUCACUAAUUUGUGUAGCGGAUUUUUUAUUUGUUUAGCAAAAAUAAUCGCGUUAUUUAACACCACUUAGGGUAAAGUUGACUGCACGGUUAAUAAGACUCGCGUGUUGGACUGUAGACUUUUUAAACGGUUAAAGAAUUAAAAUACAUCUAUAUAUUUAAAUGGACUACGCUGUAUUCUGUGACUCUCCGUUACAGAUCUCGCUGAGGGAGAUUUUGCAGGUUCACGGGCAACCGGUAAGAGAGGAGCAGGCGUGGGCUAUCUGCCAUCAGCUAUGCUUUUUGCUGGUUCCGCAUCCCAGGAAUCAGAACUGGGCAGACGGGACACCAUGGAAGAUACCGGCGAUUCGGGGGCCUGAAAGCGUCCUAGUUAGAAAGGAUGGAACAUUAUCAAUAAAAACAGAAGAAAGCUGCCAUGGAUCUGAUUUGCAGACUGAAGAUCAAAUGGUUGAUUUCCUGGGAAGGUUGAUCUAUUCUGCCCUGGAUUGGGGUUUAGGCAGUGAUGUGGAGAGGGACCUGAGCGAAACCUUGGAACUGCUCAUCUAUCAGAUGACCAAACUGGACACCCACCACAUGAAAGCAGGGGAGCACUUCCAACCAGUGUGCACCUUCGAGGAAGUUUUGCAGAUCUGCGAGGGACGCUUGUAUAACCCUGCCAGGGCUGCCCACCACUACAGAGCUGUUUGUGCCAUCCUGUUUGCUGACACUAUGGACCUCUGUCAAUAUAUACAUAAAAUCCAGCAUGCAAAAGAGACUCUGCAGAAGUUGGUGUAUAAUCCAGACCGUGGUGUGGUUGCUCCGUUAACUGCUAACUGGGUCUACACGUGGAAACAUGUGAUUGAUGAGCUGAGGAGUGGGGUGUCGUUGCGGAAAAACGAGGAGCACCAAAAUACCAGCAGCCUUCUGCAGGUGGAUCUGUCCCCUCACGAGAAACUGAUGAAUGACAUUCAAUACAGGCAGUACACCCUCCGCAAGGUUCAGACUGUUAAUAACUUACAGAAGCUGGCGAGUCCCCAUGACGUCAUUCUGAACUUUGUUCGCUCUAACCCUCGUUUGAAGCCAGCCUCCAGCAGAAGGCUAAAGAGUGUUCCCAAAGAGGAAGCAAGUCUGCACCAGCUGCUUAUGACAGAGAUCAGAUCAGCUGGGAAACUACGACCCCUAGCUUCUUGGAGGAGGAGGGCUGCUUGCCAAGAUGUUAAUUCUGCAUCGCCCCCAAACUGCGUGAUCUCCACUUCCAAAGACUCCCUCACAGAUGACCCUUUCUACCUGUUGAGACCCAUUCCCAAACCAGAUCUCAAGGACUUUGAAUCUGAGGAAGACUGCAAGUCUUUUGAGAGCAGUGAUCUGAUGCACUCUGAGUUACCAAACAGCUGUUCAGAGGUGAAGUUCUUUCCAAUGCUGUCAUCAUCCCCACAAGACUUGCAAAACUGCGUUUCAGACCAGAGACGCAGGUCCAAGUCAUUUGACAAUAGCUUUGGAUUCAAUAAAAAGGACUUCAGUGAUGAUUGCCAGCCUCCCACCAUUGCUGAUGUGAUGAAGCUCCGGCAGGCAGAAUGUAGACAGUACUCUGGUUAUGGCAGCAGUAGAAAUAGGAGGAUGUGUUCUAACUGCUGCAAGAAAAGUGUUCACUUCACCUGGCAUAAUGCCUGCGCCUUCUGUAACAGGGUUGUGUGUCUGGAAUGUUGCAUGGAGAUGCUGCUCCCCUACAAAUGGUGCGUGCAUCUUCCAGUGAGCUUCUUCAAGAAACUUGUUCUAAUGAAAGAUGGGGAUCCAAUCCACCAAACCCAGGAGAUGAGCACCUUCUGGCAGGAGAGAUGGGACUGGGAUUGCUCCAGAAUUCCUCUGGUCCUUGAGUCCCGAAAACCAAGCAAGACUUCCCCCCAGCACCGAUCCGCCAUGCAGGACUGGUACAGUAAUGAUAUCUGUGUCAGCUGCCAGGAGCUCCUUGUGGAGGUCUGUGACUCCUUCCUCUUCCGUGCUGCCUCGACCAAAAAAACACGAGAACUCUGAAUGCUCGAUCCCAUUGCAAUUUAAUAAUGUUACUAACUGGGAGCUUUUCCUCCAGUUUUGUAUAUUUCCGCAUAUAAAAUCCCAUUUUGGAUCUAUCACUGCACAUGGUUCCAAGUGGUGUGCAGAGCACAUGUUUACACAUUUAAAUCACACUUCUGUUUUAUUUUUGUAUAUAUUUUAACGUGAUGCACUUUUUUUAAAGAAUGAAAUCACUUGCCAUUUAUAUUCACAUUAAGUCACUUAAUGCACUUAUUUGUACGUUAUGAAUUUCAAUGGAUUUCAACUGUUUAAUUCUCAGCCUUUGUGUGUACUCCUUUUUGUGUGUUUUUAAAAAUAUCUUAUCUCCUA